AUGCAAGAUGGCCGACUGUGUUCCAAGCCUGCCACAUGCCACUCCCAACAUGGCAGCCAGGUCCCGCCGUUCCGGGAGCGGAGCGUAAUGCCGGAAGUGAUGAUUCUCACACACUUCCGCUUCCUUUCUGCAGGAGGAACCGUUGGCUGCUGGGUCAGGGGGGCGCGGUGGAUAUUGACCUUUGCCCCAGCCUCGUCGUGGGGCCACAGUGCAUCUCCCAGUAGCCUCCUUCUGACAGAACCCAUUUCCGGCUUCCAAGGCUUCAGCGAGAUGUUACUACUGCUGCUGCUGCUGCCGAUGUGUUGGGCCGUGGAGGUCAAGCGACCCCGCGGCGUCUCCCUCACCAACCAUCACUUCUACGACGAGUCAAAGCCUUUCACUUGCCUGGAUGGCUCUGCCAGUAUCCCCUUUGAUCAGGUCAAUGACGACUACUGUGACUGCAAAGAUGGCUCAGAUGAACCAGGCACAGCUGCCUGUCCCAAUGGCAGCUUCCACUGCACCAACACAGGCUACAAGCCCCUGUAUAUCUCCUCCAGAUGGGUCAACGAUGGAGUGUGUGACUGCUGUGACGGGACCGAUGAAUACAACAGUGGGAUCGUCUGUGAGAACACCUGCAAAGAGAAGGGCCGCAAGGAGAGAGAGACACUGCAGCAGAUGGCAGAGGUGACCCGCGAGGGCUUCCGCCUGAAGAAAAUCCUGAUUGAGGACUGGAAGAAGGCCCGGGAGGAGAAGCAGAAAAAGCUCAUUGAGCUGCAGGCUGGAAAGAAGUCACUGGAGGACCAAGUGGAGAUGCUCCGGACACUGAAGGAGGAAGCCGAGAAGCCAGAGAAGGAGGCCAAAGACCAGCACCGUAAGCUGUGGGAAGAGCAGCAGGCCACCUCCAAGGAGCAGCGGGAGCGGGAGCUGGCAGCCAGCGCCUUCCAAGAGCUGGACGAUGACAUGGACGGGGCGGUCUCGGUGGCUGAGCUGCAGACCCACCCAGAGCUGGACAUGGAUGGGGACGGGGCAUUAUCAGAAGGGGAAGCCCAGACCCUCCUUGGGGGAGACGCGCAGAUGGACGCUGCUUUCUUCUAUGACCGCGUCUGGGCCGCCAUCAGGGACAAGUACCGGUCUGAGGUGCUGCCCACCGAGUACCCACCAUCGCCUCCUGCACCCGAUGUGAUGGAACCCAAGGAGGAGCAGCCCCCCAUGCCCUCGCCACCCACAGAGGAGGAGGACGAGGCCGAGGAGGACGAGGAGACAGAGGAGGAGGAGGAGGAGGAGGAGGACGAGGAUUCCCAGGGGGAGCAGUCCAAGGACACCCUACCCCCAGGCCCAGCCCCCCAGACGGCCAGCCCCACCGAGGAGGACAGAAUGCCGCCAUAUGAUGAGCAGACGCAGGCCUUCAUCAGCGCCGCCCAGGAGGCCCGCAACAAGUUUGAAGAGGCCGAGCGGUCCUUGAAGGACAUGGAAGAAUCCAUCAGGAACCUGGAGCAGGAGGUUUCGUUUGAUUUCGGCCCCAACGGCGAGUUCGCCUACCUCUACAGCCAGUGCUAUGAGCUCACCACCAAUGAGUACAUCUACAGACUCUGCCCCUUCAAGCUUGUUUCGCAGAAACCCAAACUCGGUGGCUCCCCCACCAGCCUUGGCACCUGGGGCUCGUGGGCUGGCCCCGACCACGACAAGUUCAGCGCCAUGAAGUAUGAGCAGGGCACGGGCUGCUGGCAGGGCCCCAAUCGCUCCACCACCGUACGCCUGCUGUGCGGGAAGGAGACUGUGGUGACCAGCACCACGGAGCCCAGCCGCUGCGAGUACCUCAUGGAGCUGAUGACGCCGGCUGCCUGCCCAGAGCCCCCGCCUGAGUACCCCGUGGAGGGCGACCAUGACGAGCUCUAG